CUUUAUUGUAUUUUAUUUGUUUAUUGUAUUUUUAUGUAUUUUUUUGUAUUUUCCGGAAAUUAUAUUUUUUUCCGGAAGCUAAUUUAUCCUUGUAUUUCUUUUGUUUUGUGUUUUUGUAUUUCUUUGUGUUUUCCGUUAAUUUUAUUAUUCUUUCCGGAAUUGUAUUUUCUUUCCCGAGUUGUAUUUUUUCCUAUAUUUUUGUAUUUUCCUUUAUUAUUUACCCAUUUUACUAAAAAUUUUUAUUUUGCAAUAAUUUGUGUUUUCUUGCUUUCAAAAUGA